AUGGGUCCCAACAUGGAAGCCAUCGCAUCUCCAGUGCGGCCGCAAGCCGGCCCAUCCUCGUCCGCACUCGGUUACUCGACCGACUCUCCAAUCAAGUCAUCAGCAACCUCGAACCAUGACGCAUCAAAUCAUCACCAAUCACAGCAGCAACAAUCGCAACAACAGGACUUGUGGUCCAGCAUCCUGAAUAGCGUCAAGAGCUCCAAAGCAAUCUCGACCAAGACCAUCGUCCUCCUCGGCGAGCCCAAGUCUGGCAAGACCUCGCUCCUUGCUGCUCUCGCUUCCACAUCACCUCUGGGGCUCAUCAGCGGCAGGUCGUCCCUUGCUACCGCCGCUGCCAAGGCACGGGACGAGAACAAGCCCACAACAGCUCCUGCAGCCUCCACCUCGAAACUCGCCACGUCAUCCAACGAUCUCGGCCUCGCGUAUGCCUACUUUGACGUCGGCGACGAGAAAGACAGGGACGAGAUCGUGGCGCGUGUUGGCGCUUACACUCUCCAUUCGUCUGAGCCGGCCUACACUUCGCUGCUGCCCUUUGCCUUUCCCGAAUCCAACCUCAACUCCAGCGAGAAUGACUCUUCUGCUGCAAUGGCAGCACUAGCCUCAGUCACGCUCUCUGCAUCCGCCUCUACAGGCGAUCUCAACCGCGCGUUCGCCUCCAAGCCAUCCAUCGACUCGCUCAAAGAUUCCAUCGUUGUCAUCCUUCUCGACUGGGAGCAACCAUGGACAUUUCUCGAACAGCUCCGCAAUUGGCUCGGCAUCCUUCGAGAGCUCGUCGACAGUGCUGCUGAUGGCGCCCUGUCCGACCAGCAACAACGCGACGCCAAGUGGUCCAGAACUCGCGUGGCCCUCGACGAGAUGAAGGAACGUCUCGAGGCUUACAUCAGAGCCUACAUCGAGCCAUCGCAAAAGUCGGCCGAGUCGGGUGAUCUGCCUAACGGCUCCGCGGCUACUCGGCAGCCGGGGUCGAGCAGCUUGGAUGCCUUCCCCGCUCACAUCACCACGGUUAGCGUCCAGUUGGAUGGCGCAGACGCGAAUCCGCUCGCCGAGGGAACACUCACGGACAAUAUCGGUAUUCCCAUCGUCGUCGUUUGCACCAAAGCCGAUGCUAUCUCGCGCCUGGAACGCGACAAGAACUUCAAAGAGGAGCAGUUCGACUAUAUUCAGCAGGUGCUUCGAACCAUUUGCAUGAAGUAUGGAGCUGCCUUGUUCUAUACUUCGUCUAUGCGCUCACAGUCUGUUGACAUUUUGCGAUCCUACCUGCUGCAUCGUCUCUUCACUCCGUCUACCGCUCCUUCGCAGCAGCAAUCGGUACCGGGGGCACCGGAUGGCAACACGUCUUCCACCGCUUCGGCACAGAACAGCGCUGCCGCGGGAGGUGUCGCUGCAUUUGGCUUUCCUUACCGUGCCUCUACGACGGAUCGCGAUACACUGCUCGUCCCCGCGGGCUGGGACAGCUGGGGCAAGAUCAAGGCGCUUCGUGAGCCUUUCGACUGCCGCAGCAUGGCCAGGGGUUGGGAGAACGAUUGCGAGAUCGAAACACUGCGCAGGACGCGCGGUUUGGCCAGAACGAAACAGGUCGAGGAUCAGCUCGAGAAGGAAAUGCAAGCCGACCGAAGGGGCGAAGAGGGUGGCAGCGACGAGGUGCAGUCGGCCAUGAAGCUGUACGAGGACAUUGUUUCGGACUGGGAGGCAGCGCCUGUUGGCAAGGAUUUGGCCAAUAAGGUGCGUAUUCCAGAUGAGCAGGCGUUUUUGGGACAGCACCAUGCGACGCUGCAGAAGGAUCCGGACCCGAGGAGCAAGUUUAGCAAGCGCGGGGUGGUGGGGCCUAUGACGGGAUCGAGUGCCGGGCUGCCUUCGGUGGAAAAAUACAUGUCGCGUGAGGCUAGAGUCGAUGGUGGUGGCAUCACCUCACCAACACUUCCGGAAACAGCCUCGUCCACUACCGCUGCACGCCCGCGUUUGGAUACAGCGAACUCGUCGAGCUCGGCGUCUAGGAGAGAGUCAACGUCGGCAGCCGCCGCCGCCGCCGUGGCAGCCAUGACCGGUGGUGAUCGGAGCAGCAGCGGCAGCCGACCCACGAGUCCGGCCGUCAACUCAGGGGCGACAUCGCCCGGCGCACCGAAACAGUCCGAGGUGCUGCACAGCUUCUUCCAGUCUUUGCUCAAGGAUAAAGGUUCCAGUGUGGGUUCGCCCAAGGUGGACAGGCUCAACAGAGGAGGUGCUGGUUCUUCGUCGACGGCUACGCCUCGGAGAGAUCCGACUGCGAAUAGGUAG